UCCAAGCCAGCAAGGCGUGGGAUGCAAGCUUGAUAUAGAGGUGUCUGAAUGGAAAUACCCGGAUAUUUAGCUUACUAUUUUAUUCCUGGACAUUUUUAUUGUCCACUGGAGCCCAAAUUAAACAUGGAAGAGACAACCUCUAAGUACUGAACAACUUUAAAUGUGUCAUCCUAACCUACACCAAGCCACGGACAGGAAACCCUGAGUAUUCUUAGCACUGGCUGGUCUCUCCAUAUCAUCAAGAAUGCCUGUCCUAGAGAAACCCAGGCAAGAACAAGGGAAACCCAAAGGCCAUAAGGACAGCUAUGUGUUACCCAAGCUUCCAGUGCCUCCUUUGCAAAAGACCACAGACAUGUACCUGAAGUGCAUGAAGCAUCUGGUGACAGAGGAGGAGUUCAAGAGGACCAAGGUCAUUGUGGAGAAGUUUAGAGCUCCUGGAGGGACUGGGGAGUUUCUACAACAAAAGCUGCUAGAAAAGAGAGAGAAAACUGAAAACUGGGUAUAUGACUAUUGGCUGGAGGACAUGUACUUGAAUAACAGGUUAGCUCUUCCUGUGAACUCCAGCCCUGCUAUAGUCUUCCCACAACAGAAUUUCCAUGAUCAAAAUGACUUUCUCAGGUUUUCUGCUCAUCUAAUUUCUGGAGUUUUAGAUUACAAAGCUUUACUUGAUGUACAUGCCCUGCCUAUAGAUUAUGCACGAGGGCAGCUGGCAGGGACUCCACUUUGCAUGAAGCAAUACUACAGACUGUUCUCAUCUUACCGCCUGCCUGGCCACAAGAAGGACACCCUGGUAGCUGAGAAGAACAGCGUCAUGCCAGAGCCAGAACAUAUUAUUAUAGCAUGCAAAAACCAGUUCUUUGUUUUAGAUGUUGUGAUAAACUUCCGACGUCUCAGCGAAAGAGAUUUAUUCACUCAGCUAGAGAAAAUACUUAAAAUGGCAGAGAAUGAAGAAGAACGCCUUCCCCCGAUAGGUCUGCUAACAUCCGAUGGAAGAACUGAAUGGGCUGAAUCCAGGGCAGUAAUCAUGAAAGAUUCUACAAAUAGAGACUCGCUAGACAUGAUUGAGCGAUGCCUAUGUCUGGUGUGUUUGGACGAUCCAAGUGGGAAUGAACUCACUGAUACCAGUCGAGCUCUGCAGAUGUUACAUGGAGGGGGCUAUGAUAAAAACAGUGGCAAUCGCUGGUAUGAUAAACCCAUGCAGUUUGUUAUUGGAAUGGAUGGGACCUGUGGCGUUGUUUGUGAGCACUCCCCUUUUGAAGGAAUUGUACUAGUACAGUGCACUGAGCAUCUUCUGAAGUACAUGAAAGGGAGCCCUUCUAAGUUUGUUAGAGCUGCUAGUGUUUGCGAACUUUCUGCUCCUAGAAAGUUACGUUGGAAAUGUUCUCCUGAAGUUCAGGGGCUGUUAGCUUCUUCAGCAGAUAAAUUACAAAGGUUGGUUAGGAAUCUGGACCUAAAUGUUCACAAGUUUAAAGUUUAUGGCAAAGAAUUUAUAAAGAAGCAAAGAAUGAGUCCAGAUGCUUACAUCCAAGUUGCUCUGCAACUGGCAUUUUACAGAUGCCAUGGCAAGCAAGUUCCUACCUAUGAAAGUGCUUCCAUACGUCGCUUUCUGGAGGGAAGAGUGGAUAACAUCCGGUCAGCUACUUAUGAAGCAUUAGAAUUUGCGAAAGCAAUGACUGAUGGAAAAUCCACAGUACCAGAUUCUGAAAAGAUGCAAAGACUCUGGGAUGCAAUUAAUGUUCAGACCAAUUACACUAUCCUUUCCAUUACUGGAAUGGCAAUUGACAAUCACUUACUUGGACUUCGAGAGAUGGCUCAUGAGCUGAAGAUGGAGAAGCCAGAGAUAUUUACAGAUGAAACUUUCUUAAAAAGCAAUUGCUUUAUCCUUUCAACAAGCCAAGUUCCCACCACAGUAGAGAUGUUCUGCUGCUAUGGUCCUGUGGUCCCCAAUGGCUAUGGUGCCUGCUACAAUCCUCAAUCAGAUCACAUCAUCUUCUGCAUUUCAAGUUUCAGAGACUGUAAGGAAACCUGUUCCACCGUCUUUGCAAAAGCUAUAGAGGAGUGUCUGGUUGAGAUGAGAGAUUUGUGCAGUAAGUACAACAUGGCAGCCAAGACCGCUGAUAAAAAGGAAGGAGCAGACAAACAUGUGAAAAAUGGAAGCAAAUCAUAAUAUAAUAUCGUAAAACCCAAACACCUUACUGUUCAGGUACUCCUGACAACUCAAUCUGCUUAUCCAUACUUCUGGUGUACAUACUGACUAAAGCGUGCAAGAAAUCAUGGUUCUUUUUUUUAAAUUAUUUUUUUGAGACUUUAUACAGUUAACAUAGAUGUUAUAGGGCAUUGCUUUUUAUACAUUUCUGUAUUGUAUAUAUAUAUAUAUAUAUAUAUAUAUAUAUAUAUAUAUAUAUGCAUUUGUGUAUUUAUUUAAUUAUUCAUUAAUUUCUUCCACUGAUCUGGUUGGUCCAACCAGUAAUGGGACCAUAUUGCUUUUCAGCAUCAAGGCUGAAUGUUAAGGCCAUGUUGUCUUCUAAAUAAAGACUGAGCUGGGUUUAUACAUGUCAAAUCACCCAGUUCCGCACAGGGCAUCAACCUCUGCAGCCUCUGUGGAAUGACCUAGUUUGCUGAUAUAACUAUAUCACUGUACUAUAUAUGCAAAUGUAUACUAAUUCACAUUUGACAAGGAAAUCUCUCAGUACUAAAUGAUUGGAUUAGCUGGAGCAGGGUGUAGAAAAAAAAAAGAAUUAACAAUUUAAAACAUAAAAUUGUUAAAUGUUAAAUUGAUAUAUUUAAAAAAAAGGCUUUUAAGUACUAUUCGAAGCAAAGCUUAGUGGCUUAGUCAUUGUAUAUAAAGUAAUGUAUAAGUACAUUGGUAAUACCAGCAUGCAAGUAUAUGUAUUACGAUAUUAAGGUUAAAAAUAAUUUAGAACAAGGGUUAUGUUGUUAUUUAUUGGAAUGUAUCAAUUUGGGUUGGAUAAUCUCAGAAAUUUUAACUUUAACAGUAACAUAUGCACCAUGGUAAAGCUUAAAGGUUCAGUGACAAACUUUCCGGUUCUCAUAAUGAACAAAUGCACCAAUAAAAUCUACUUAAAUGUACCUACAGUAAAACUAGUCAAUUUUAGUAUGCUAACCACCAGUUCUUAUUAACAUUAGUGCAUAGUAAUUCAAACAAAAUAAUAUACAUAGAUUAUAGCACUUUACAUAUACCUGUAGGUACUGCACCUUAACACUAGUUGAGCGAAAGGUUAUAUCCACAUGAUACUGGCUACCAAAGAGGAUUUUUUUUUUAUUGAUGUGUUAUUUGUGUUAUGUUUUUCCUUAAAUAUUAGUUUAAGUAAAAAGCAUACAAUUUACACUCUCAUGUCAUGUAAUAUACAAUAUCAUGUAAAUAUACAGUAUAUAUUUGUCUACAUUUCAUCCAGGGUACUGUAUUUCUCUGUUGUGUUAUGUGUUUACCAUGUGAAUGGUGCAGUAUAAACUAGCUAGUUAUUUACAAUUUAUAAAGAAUAUUUAAUGUUACUUUAACAAUACCUCCUGCAGCAACAGUAAAGAAUGACAUUGAUCAUAAAAACAGGACUCAUUUAUGCAUUAUAAGGAUGCUUUCUGCUCAUUUUGGAUACAGGUAAUAUUUUAACCUGUUUUUUUUUUUGUUUGUUUUUUCCUCCUAAAACUAUUCAUGCUUUCAUAAGGUUGAUAUACACGAUGCUACAGUACAUUCAUCCAACUUUUGAAUGCAGUUCUGUGUAUCUGCCUGCUGCUGUUUUGAUAAUUAGCUGGUUGAUGCAUGAUAUAAGUUAUAGUUUGAAAGUAGAAAUCCUUCAGACUCCAUAAACCACAAAAAAUGUUGUCUCUGACUUUAGGUGUAGAUAUACUGUCCAAUUUGUUGCAUACAGUACUAACUGUAAUAUCCUAUAAAGUUGGAUUAAUGUGGUAUGUAUCUAUUUUGUGCAAUAUGUAAAACAAAUGUUGUAAAAUAUAGAGUUGUCAUGCUGUAUGUAAGUGCAUUAGCUCUGAACAGUAGCAGAUUGUAACAAAGAAAAGCUAGCAGCAAUGCAUUUUUACCUGCUAAUACAGAAGCCACGUAAAAUGGCUUUCAGUCAGUUCCAUUGUGUUUCCUGUAAUUUAUAUAGCUUUAAUGAAUGAGAAGAUAAUAUAAGAAAUAACUAUUUAUUACAUAUUUAUUUUUUCAAAAUGACAAAACAUAUUUAUGUUUAUAUCUACCUAUGCAAGCAAAUAAUUACCGAACAUAGGAUAUAUGAUAUAGUUUUCCAAUUGAAUUCUGUAGUCAGUCGGUUUCCUAUUUCAAAGUAAAUGUCACAUCAGAAAUAUGUAGCAUGUCUCUUGUAGCCUGACAUUUGGAAUGAAUCAGUCCUCAAAACAAAUCAUUCUGACAUUCUCGCCAAUGUUAGGUCAAGGAUCUAAUAAAUUAGACUACAAAGGGUCAAGCAUAAAAACAGCAUUUUCCAGAUUCAAUCUUACAAUCUGUGUGUGUGUUAAAGUAAAGAAGCAUGAGACAACUGUGUAUCCCAGUGCUCAUGAAAAAGUAGUACCACAUCUGUCUGUACCUGUACCAAUGUAAACCUGGAAGCCACCUGGUAUUUGAUGUGUACCUAAAACUUUACUUAUUUUUAUAAUAUAUAAAAAUGACCCUUCUUUACAAUGGUCUGCAGAAUUCAAUUAGAAAUUGCAAGUUAUGUGCAACCAUUAUAUAUUUUCAUGAUGAUUGUCUAUUUGAAAUGGCUUUGUUUUAAAGGCUGUUUAUCAUAAGAGUCAUAUCUGGACACUAACUUCUCCAUAUAAACCAAAAUACAAGAUCACAUACCAUUAGUUAUUUUAUAUAAAAGCUUACAGUUGAUUUGCUUUGCAAAAAUUAUUUCAAUGCUCACUGUUCUAUAUUUUAUUGUACUGUAAAAAAGUAUGCUAAUGUAGCCAUGCCUUAAAUGCUACAUACAAUGUACACUGAAAAAAGUCUUUCUUGUUGUUUUUCUAUUUGACUAUUGAGGAUAAUGAAUGCAAUAACAAGAUGGCACAUUAUUUAUUUAACUUGCAUUCAUUUAUUUGCUAGAUAACAGAAUGGCGCAGAGUUAUAUUUAUAGAAAACCGAGUCAUUAAUAAGGUUGUAAAGCAAUAAAGUGACUGCAGCAACUGUAUUUGGCAGAUGCUCAUCUAUGGCUGUUUCUGCAGCAUGAAAUGUUUGCCGUUUUUUGGUGUAUUAAGGAUUUACCCUGCUAACUUUUAUUUAGUUGGCAAACAUUAUAAAAAACAUGUCAGUAACAUACACAUCACAGCUGUAAAUACAAAAUCAAAACGAUCAUGAAAAAACAAACCCCCACGACUUACAUGCAGUGAUGUUAAAAUGUGUACCAUAGGUAUACAGCAUAGACAUCAAGAAAGGGUUUGCCAUACAAAUGUGAUAAGCCAUUCUCUAGAUGCUGUAAUGUACUGUGCUGUAUUUUCGUCCAUUAUAUCCUUAUACAAUUAAAAAUCUAAUACCAAUAUGUAAUUUGGAAGGUGCAAUACCACUGUCCAUUAACACUUAUGUCUGGAAGUGUAACGUGUGGCAAGCUGUUCUGUACGUAUUAUGUUGUGCAAACUGUGUGGCAUGUAGAGGGUUUGAAAACCGCAAACAUUUCUGGUUUUACAGUAUAUUAAAUUAUGAUUACUUCACCCAGUACAACAUUGUCAAUGAUCCUUCAUACUGUUUUUCAACAAUAUUUUAUUUUUGUAACAUAGAUGAUAUAAUAUUAGAUGCAUUUUUUAUUAGAGUGUGUGAUAUUUGUUGAUAUACAUUGUUGUUUGCGUCUAUGGUGCCAAGUAGUGUAUUUCUGUCUGAUGUAUUUUCAUCUGGAUGUUUAAAGUAAAGAUAUGCUGUCCUUUCUGACAAUAAAUCAAAUCAGGAUGA